CAACAAUUCACUGUAUUCAUAAAAAGGAUGUUAAAGAUGGCGGCCACUUCGGAAAGUGAUUUACUGGGGAAUAAAUAUUUUCCAAGGGACCCGGAUAGCCCCUCACAAUUAAGUCGUGACCAGAGAUCUAUGACAAUAUCAAACAUAAACUCAGUUGGAAUUAUGCACAAAUUUAAAAGUAAUGAAAUACGAAAUUCACAAAUUUCCAACGAAGUACAAAAUGUUAAGCAAGUCUUUAAAUUGACUGAGGAUAGAUUAAAAGAGCUUGAAGUAUUGUUUCAAUCAGGUUUCUCUCAUCCUCCGUCUAUACUUUUUGAGGAAGUUGAAGAACUUAAAGGUAAACUUGAUGCUUUACGAAAACGAGAAAAUACACUGUUACAUCAAAAACCAGAGUUACUUCAAAAUGGUUUCAAACACACAAUUACACAUGAAUCCUCAGAUGAAAGUAGCCCUAUAUCUUCUCCAUCUCCCAGCCAAAGUAAUGCAGUAUCCCAUGAAUCAGAAAAAGUCGUUUCAAACGGAAAUGUUGCACCAUCUUCACCACUCCACGCUCAUUUUCGUGCAUACCUGCCUAACAAUCAACGAACUAUGAUUAAAUAUAAACCAGGACAAACUGUACAUGAAGCUCUUUUAAAAGCUAUGACUUUAAGAGGAUUGAACACAGAAUCUUAUGUGGUUUAUCGAAAAUCAAACAGACAACAUGUUGAUUGGGAUGCUGAUGUUUCUUCUUUAGAUAGAGCUGAGGUAUUAGUGGAGGCUUUUAAUAAAGAAGAAAAUAUCAGAAGCAUAUGCCAUAACUUUGUCAGGAAAACAUUUUUUACACUAACAUUUUGUGAUGCGUGUGGAAAAUUACUGUUUCAAGGUUUUAGAUGUCAAACUUGUGGUUACAGAUUUCAUCAAAAGUGUGCAAAAGAAGUACCUUCAUUAUGUCAACAAACAGUUCAUUAUAACGGUUAUAAAAGGAAUAGCAACCAAAACUCCGUAAUUUCUCCUAUACCUUUGACACCACGACUACUUGGACCUCAAGACCGUGGCCGCUCCCUCUCAGUACCUAAUGUUAAUACGAUUGAUCAAUCUGCAACAAUUGGUAUUAAUGAAGAAUUGACUGAAAACUUUCAUCGAAAUGACUCUGUGACAUCAGCUGGUAUUAUGCAUCCGUUUUUAAAUCAUUUUAUCAUAAAUCAACGGCGUAUCCCGGAUUUAAUCUCUCGUGAAACUGGGAAUAACAAUAUUUUUAAUUUUUCAACGGUUCUUCCUCAGUUAACCAGUAACCAGCCACAUGCUCAAGAGUUAAGUGGUAUUCCUGGUUCCCUUUUAAAUCCUGCAAGAAUUCGUCAUCGAUCUAAAUCACAUUCAGAUGAAAAGCAAAAGUUCAAAACUGUCAGUCAUCGCGAUUCUAAUGAUGAUUGGGAGAUUAAGGAAGGUGAAAUUCAAGUGGGACAAAGAAUUGGUUCUGGAUCUUACGGAACUGUGUACAAAGGAUAUUGGCAUGGAACAGUUGCUGUAAAACAGUUAAAUGUGAAACACCCCAACCCACAACAGUUGCAAGCAUUUAAAAAUGAAGUUGCUGUAUUGCGCAAAACACGGCAUGUGAACAUUUUAUUAUUUAUGGGAUGUAUGUCUGCACCAAAUUUAUCUAUAGUUACCCAAUGGUGUGAAGGCUCUAGUUUAUAUAGACAUUUACAUGUUAUGGACAUAAAAUUUUCUUUACCACAACUUAUAGAAAUUGCUAGACAGACAGCUCAAGGAAUUGAUUAUUUGCAUGCAAAAUCGAUAAUACAUCGUGAUUUGAAAUCAAAUAAUAUUUUUUUGCAAGAAGAUUACACUGUUAAAGUUGGAGAUUUUGGUCUUGCUACAGUUAAAACAAGGUGGAGUGGAGAUCAUGGUUGUGAGCAACCAUCAGGGUCUAUUUUAUGGAUGGCUCCUGAGGUUAUUCGCAUGCAAGAUCCGAACCCAUACACAUUUAUGUCUGAUGUUUAUGCAUUUGGAAUAUGCAUUUAUGAACUUAUAACUUGUACACUGCCUUACUCAAAUAUUGGUAAUAAAGAUCAGUUGAUAUAUAUGGUAGGUCGUGGUUAUUUGAAACCAGAUUUAUCUAAAAUUCGCUCAGACUGUCCAAAAGCAUUAAAACGACUAUGCAUAGAAUGUUGUACCUUUAAUAGAGAUGAACGACCAUUGUUUUUACAAAUUUGUCGAUCUAUUGAAUCAAUUCUUAAAACGUUACCCAAAAUUAAUCGCAGUACAUCAGAACCACUGUUGCACAGGGCUAAGCUUAAUUCUGACAUGGAAAUGUUAUACCCUUGCCCCACACCAAGAACUCCAAUGCAAGAUCCAAUGGUCUUUAAUUAUAGCUAGCAAAUGAUAGUUUUUUGUUGUCUUCAUCUAAAAAUCUGGCAACUGCAUAUUAUUCUAAUGCACCUGCAGAUUUGAAUCACGAAUUAACAGGUAGUAUGAACUCCACAGGAUGGAUUGAGGAGCUUCUCUUUACCUAAGUAAAACUGUUUAAUGGGCGAUAAUAAUAUACGACAUCUAAAAACAGUCUACGACAUCUACGACAUUUUUAGUGGCGGUUAUUUUCAUGACCUCAAAAGGUUUGCGAACAAAAAUUUUGAAUAAAUCAAUAAAAAAUAACAAUUUUAUAAUGAACUGUGUUGUCAUUUGCAUACACAACUUUUAAAGCUUUUAUUGCUUUGCGGAUGGUAAUGUUUUUAUUAGAAUGUAAUACUUCAUGCUUCGCGGAUAAUACAAAGGAUAGUUUUUUUUUUUCUUUUUUUUUUUGCUGAUUGAAUUGUGAUAUAUUUCUUUCUGCGUGGAUGGUAUGAUUGUUUUAUUAAAUCAGUUUUUUCUAAUCAAAAUCGAUUUUAUGGUUUUAUGUUAUAAAUUUGUAAAUUUAGACUUUUAUUAAACUAUUUUUUUCUGUUAAUUUUGUUUUGAUUGCUUUCUACAUUGCAUUUAGUAAAUUUAAGGAUUUCCAGAAGCUUUACGAAAAUAAUUUUUGAAAAAAAAAUUAUUUCCUGUACGUUUUCCACAGUAAAUAGAAUACCGUUUUAGGUUUUUUCUUCUUAGUUUUGAUAUUUUAUAUUUUAAUUUUCAAAAAAGAUUAAACCUUCUGUUAUUUCUCUUGUGCACGUUUUUAUGAUGGAAACUAGUCAAUGGUUUAUACAUAUGUAAAUAAUUACUUAUAAAUAAGUUUUUUGUACAUUUUUCUUUUAUUGUUUACUUCAUAAAAAUCUUUUUGAUGUCGCAUAAGUACUCUUUUGUAAAGUUGAACGAUAGAUGAAUUGCAAUUUAAAUAUUGUAUAUUUUCAGUAAUUUAGAGAUUAAGACGUAAUCUAUGAUCAA